UUCAACAUUGAACAUAUUUACCUUAGUUUAAUUUAUUUGCUGCUUCUGCCGAGUACAAGUUCUCUCAAAACAGAAGAAUAAAAACCAAAUUCACAAGAACAUGAGUGCAUUAUUCAACUUUCAAAGUUUACUUUCGGUAAUCCUAUUGUUGAUCUGCACGUGCGCUUAUGUGCGACCACUCUGCCCCAGGAUAUUGGACCGGAAUAAGUCCGGCUUACGGCUUACAUUGUGGAAGUUGGCGCGGAUCGGAGAGCGCGAAUCGCCUUGGGUUGGUGCCGCCUGCGUUGUUAUGGCACUAAUGUUGCUCUUUUCCAACUAAAAUAAAAUUAAUACGGCGUGAAAUACAUCGUUAUAGCUUAUUAAACACCAACAACUAGCUAACAGAGUGUAGAAUAAACGGUAAAGUAGAUCCAUAUGGAUAAAUGGAAACAAAAAGCUGCUUUAAAAUAAAUAAUUAAAACACA